AUGCCCUCCUUCACAGAGCCUGAGCAUCAGUCGCAAAGUCUGCCCUUUGAGAAGCCGACGCCACGUCCACCCAGGUCGCCAACAGUAGCCAACAAUAUCCGGUCUCGAAACCGUCGUCGAGAGUAUCUCGAGAGACAUCCAGAGUACUUUUCCGACGCUGAACACGAGCUGGCAGACCCCCUACUAUAUGACAGCUUGGUUCGCAAAUUCCAGACACCAGCCGAGCGUGAGGUCGAAGGCAAGGCCAAGGGCUACUCUGGAGUUCUAGAGAGCUCCCUGCACAGGGGCGAGGCUCGUCUUGCCGACUUGAAAUCAUCAACUGAUGACACUACAACAUCGGAGCCCGCGAGAGAUUUCACAACUGAAGCCGAUCUUUCCAAAACAAAGACAAAGGAAGAGGGCCUUCAGAGAUGGCAUGAGUUUCUCACGGAACGUUUUGUCCGAGGCCACGACGAGGAUUUCGAUUACAGUCUGAUCGACGACAACGAAGACUACGACGUCAUGGAGAGACGUGAUGCCGAGGAAGCCUGGUUCGAUGAAGAGGAUCCCGAGUGGGCCAGCGAUGCAGACGAGGGAGCCCAAACCACACGGGGCCAAACCGGCAUUCAGGACUUCUGA